UACAAGAAGACUCCACUUUUAUGUGUAUUAGAAAAUGAUCAUAAAGAUUCAGUGGAUGUAUUUUUGUCAACAGAAGUCAUAGACAGAGUUGAUAAGGACAACAAGUCUCAACUACAUUAUGCAGUUGAGUAUGGUCAUACUAAAUCAGUUGAGGCAUUGUUAUCAGCAGGGGCUAAAUUAGACAUAGUUGAUAAGGACAACAAGACUCCACUUCACUAUGCAGCAGAAAAGGGCAAUAAUAAAUCAGUUGAGACAUUGUUGUCAGCAGGGGCAAAUGUAGAAGUAGUUGAUAAGGACAACAAGACUCCACUUCACUAUGCAGCAGAAAAAGGCAAUAAUAAAUCAGUUGAGGCAUUGUUGUCUAAAGGAGCAAAAGUAGAAGUAGUUGAUAAGCUAUUAUUGAAUUUCCAAUAUGAUGUUCCGAGUCUACAACGAUCAUCACCAAUGGUUAAAGUUAUAGCAGAAUGUUCUGAAAGCACACAGGGGACAAUGUCUGCGGCACUCACUGCUAAUUGA